UUUCUCAGAAUCACCAGUAUUUCCUCCCAGAAACAGCAGCAAAUGGCUCUGAAAGGUAUUGAUUUGGGUCUGGUCCUGGUCCUCGUGACAAUAUUGCUUUGUCAUCAUGAAGCUGAAGCUCAAUCUAGCUCAGGCUGCACGACCGCUCUCGUCAGUUUAUCUCCAUGCCUAAACUACAUCACUGGAAACUCCUCAACCCCGUCGUCCUCCUGCUGCACACAGCUCGCCAGUGUCGUUCAGCAGCAGCCCAAUUGUCUAUGCUCGGUGCUCAAUGGUGGCGCCUCGCAGUUAGGUAUUACCUUGAACCAAACUCUCGCGAUGUCGCUCCCUGGGGCCUGUAACGUGCAGACACCACCGGUUAGCCGCUGCAAUGGUGCUAAUGGUCCAGCAAGUGCUCCAGCGAUUCCUCCUUCGGAUUCUUCAGACGACACCCCUGAUACUUCCACUACACCGACAUUGCCAAGCAGCCCUUCAGUAAAAAAUGCAGGAACUGGGUCUAAAAGUAUAGCUGAUGGAAACAUGUCAAAUAGAAGCAGCAUCAGAAUGCCAUUGCCUCUCACUGUCUUCAUCGUUUUCAUGGUUUCGUGCUUUUCCGGGGCCAUAAAAGCAUAAGGUUUCUAUAUGUGCGAAACAGGAGCUUGUUUUUAGACUUUGAGCACAUUCCAGUUAAUAAUUUACCGACUUGAGUUGUAUUGGGUUGUCAGUUGUUAAUGAAUGUAUCUUAUUAUUGAUUAUUAGAGAAUGAAUUUUUAUUGUUUAUUUA